CGUCAGUAAAGUUGUAGACACUGAAGCUCAAAAUGAAGAUGUUGGUUUUUGUGGCCCUUCUGGGUCUACACAGCGCGGCGGCAGUGAUUCACUCUCUGAAGUAUUUCAACACUGCGUCCUCUCAAGUCCCAAACUUCCCAGAGUUUGUGGUUGUUGGGAUGGUUGAUGAAGUUCAGAUAAGUUACUGUGACAGCAUCACCAAGAGAGUAGAACCCAAACAGGACUGGAUGAGCAGAGUCACAGCAGAUGAUCCACAGUACUUGGAGAGGAACACUCAGAUCUGUGUGAGGAAACAGCCGAUUUACAAAGCUGACACUGAAAUUGUAAAGCAGCGCUUAAACCAAACUGGAGGUAUCCACCUUUCCCAGUACAUGUACGGCUGUGAAUGGGACGAUGAGACUGAUAAGAUCAAUGGUUUUUAUCAAGACGGUUAUGAUGGAGAAGACUUCAUAGUAUUAGACCUGGCAACAGAGACAUGGAUCGCUCCAAAACCACAGGCUGUCAUCACCAAACACAAGUGGGAUAAUGACAAAGCUUUGAUUGCACAGUGGAAGAAUUACCUCACCCAGAUUUGCGUUGACUGGCUGAAGAAGUAUGUAAACUACGGGAAGAGCUCUCUGAUGAGAACAGACCUUCCAUCAGUGUUUCUCCUCCAGAAGACUCCCUCUUCUCCAGUCAGCUGCCACGCUUCAGGUUUCUACCCUCAAAGAGCCAUGAUGUUCUGGAGGAAAGAUGGAGAGGAGCUUCAUGAGAACGUGGACAAUGGAGAGAUUCUCCCCAACAACGAUGGAUCCUUCCAGAUGAGUGCUGAUCUGGACCUUUCAUCAGUCAAACCUGAAGAUUGGAGGAAGUACGAAUGUGUGUUUCAGCUCUCUGGUGUGAAGGACAACAUCGUCACCAAACUGGACAAAGCUGUGAUCAGAAGCAAUGAAAAGACUGACAUGACCAUCAUCAUCGCUGUUGCCGUGGUUGUUGUUGUUGCUCUCAUCGUCAUCAUCGCUGUUGUUGGAUUCAAGGCUUACAAGAAGAAAAACGAGAACAAAGGUGAGAGACCCAAACAGAAAGAUUUUCUCAUUUGUCUGUUUCGUUUCUUUGAUUUUAGACUUUGAGUUGAUGCUUUUAACCUGAUUGCAAAAGUGAAGCAAACUUCAAUUCAUAGUUCACUGAAAUCUGUUCUAAACAACAUGAAGUGAUGUAAAUCAUACUGUAUCAUAUCUGCUUCUUUUCUUUAUAUAUUAUGUUUAAUACAAGAAAAUAUGAUUAUAUCUCAAUGUAUGUGUUACUGGUAAUACACUCAGAGAUACAUUCAUGUUCCUUUAAAACUGACUGGUGACUUUAUGGCACCACUUUAAGGUAGUUAGUUGCUCUCAGGCUGAGAGUGAAUCUGCACUGUUGUGUUUUAAACAGUACAGGAGUCUGUGUCAACUGUGUGUUAAGAUAAGAAACACAUGUCAACCUUUAAAGGUUUACACUCUGUACCUGGUUUUGAAUCCAACAAUGACAAUAAUAUGAUGAUGUAAGACAAGUUAUAGGAAAAUAAAUAUCAGAGGAUCAGUUUGAGUGACUAGAACAAGGGAUCAUAUUCAUUUGGAAGAAGGUGUUAAAAUAUUUUAGGAUUAUGGAAUUUGUGAGAACUGAAAUUAUUUCUCUGCUUUUUUCAGCCAAAGUCCUUA